AUGACCCGUUUUGGUAUUGCUCCGGAUGUAGUCACUUACAACAUUUUGGCAGACUCAUAUAAUGUUAUCUUGAAAGGAAUGUUUCAAUUAGGGGAGUGCAGUGCUGCCAAAGAACUUGUUAGAUUGGAUCCAGAUGUUGUGACAUAUACUAGGAUGAUAACUGCGCUAUGCAAAGAAGGCUUGCUAGAGGAAGCUAAUGAAGUUUUUAUUCAAAUGGAAGCAAAUGGUUGUCUGGCUAAUGAGAUUACUUACAAUGCAAUCAUCCGAGUACUGAUUAAGGGUGAUAAGUAUGAUGAUGCUGCAGUUUAUCUUCAAGAAAUGCGAAGUAAAGGAUUUGUUUUGAAUUUAUCUAACUCAUCAGAUGUGCUAAAUAUAAUCUCCAGGAAAAAAAAGUGUAGCUCUUCAUAA